AGGAGAAUGCAGGGGGGGUGGAUCAGGCCCAAGGCGACCAAGGCCUUCAUCCCAGAGGCGGGAGGGACCACACCUAAGGUCAGGGAGGAGCCAGAGCUCAACGCCUGAGGAUCAAAUUCCUCCAGGGUAAGCUCUGGAGACAGCAGAUUGGCACAGGAGGCCCGAGGAGGGAGAGAGCCAGAGGGGCCCAUCCUGUCACUCGUCGUGCCCCAGCCUCGUGCUCUGGAAAAAGGUAGCAGCCAGCAGCCAGCAGAAGCUGGAAGGAGCCACCCCUCAGUGCCUCCACCUGCCCACUCUGCCUGCCCGACAGAAAGCAAACAAUGGACCCAGGCAGGACUCAGAUAAAUCUUGACCCCAGGUUCCCAGCAGAGCUGCUGGAAGUGCUGAGAACCAAUUACAGUGUCCCAGCUGCCUGCUUCUCAUACCCCCCGACUGCAGCCCAGCUCCUGCAAGUCCUGGGCCCUGUGGAAAUGGCCCUCACAGUCAUCAUGACCCUCCUGGCCCUGGGCUCAGUGGGCAUCUUCCUGGAGGAUGCUGUCUACCUGCACAGGAACACCAGCUGUCCGAUCAAGCGCAGGACCCUGCUGUGGAGCAGCUCUGCACCCACGGUGGUGUCCGUGUUCUGCUGCUUUGGCCUCUGGAUCCCUCGCUCGCUCACGCUCGUGGAAAUGGCCAUCGUCUCGUUUUACUCACUGUGCUUUUACCUGCUCAUGCUGGUCAUGGUGGAAGGCUUUGGGGGGAAGGAAGUGGUGCUGAGGAUGCUGAAGGACACCCCGAUGAGGACCCACACGGGGCCCUGCUGCUGCUGCUGCCCCUGCUGCCCCCCUCUGCAGCUCACCAGGAAGAAGCUGCAGCUGCUGUUCCUAGGCCCCUUCCAGUACACCUUCUUCAGGAUCUCACUGGGCCUGGUUGGCCUCUUCCUCAUCCCCGAUGGCAUCUACAAUCCAGCAGACAUCUCAGAGAAGAGCACUGCGCUCUGGAUCAAUACACUGCUCGGCGUGUCCACCUUGCUGGCUCUCUGGGCCCUGGGCAUCCUCUUCCGUCAGGCCAAGCUGCAUCUGGGCGAGCAGAACAUCAGGGCCAAAUUUGCUCUGUUCCAGAUGCUCCUCAUCCUGACCGUUCUGCAGCCUGCCAUCUUCUCCCUCCUGGCCAAUGGCGGCCAGAUUGCCUGCUCGCCUCCCUAUUCCUCUAAAAUCAGGUCUCAAGUGAUGAACUGCCACCUCCUCAUCCCGGAGACAUUCCUGCUGACUGUGCUGACGCGGAGGUACUACCGAAGGAAAGACCACAAGGCUGGGUAUGAAACCUGCUCCUCUGCAGACCCGGACAUGAGCUCACGGGCCUGAGGGCUCAGGCAGCAGAAAAACGCUGGGCUCGCAGGACAGCACCAGGUUUCAUGGCCCCUCAACCUUGACCAAACAGGCAAGUUUCCAGUGUCGGCACUAGCUAGAUCCCACUCACUGGAAAGAGGAAGGGAAACUAUGCGGGUAUGAUGCAAUUGUUUUGGGUCUUGCCCAAGAAGGUAUUUUAAAUUUUGUAAUAAACAGAGUCUGAGAGUCUGUAA